AUGACGGUUGAGUAUGUCUGGGAUGCUUUCUUCUUGUACUCAAUUCUGCAAGACCAUGAGGAACGAGGUACUUUCCUCGAACUGGAACAUGAUGUAACCCGCCAAUCAGACCGCCUUCGUCCUGCCUUGGAUGCACGGAAUCGACUGAUGGCUGGACCAGGACAAGAGCAGUGGAGCCAUGCUUGCGAUCUCUGUUGCUCACUGUCAGAAAAUGACGAGGGGCGUGUAUGUACGUUGCAGCCAUCCGGUGUUCGUUACUGUUGGUCACACGCAGCAAAGGAGACCAAGUGUGUCAUUUUAUCGUGCGAUUCUCCAGCCGAGUCAGGUUUCCAGACCUGUGGGACGACUGCUCAUCGCGCUCUCGAGGACUUCAAGCGGCUAGAGAAUUGUGCAAUGUUCCGACUCAAACAACGCUUGGAUCGUCUGCGUACAUCGCACGCUGCCACGUCACGGAGCUCCGGACCAGCCACUCUGGAGGGGUUCGAACUUGAUGCUUUUCUAGCCUCGGAGAGCAUGGAACUCACAGCGGACGAUGAUAACGAUGACGAGCUCAUCGACAUCGAAUGUGAAGAGAAGUCUCCACAUUCAUGA